GAUGAAGAUGAUUUCUUACCAGACACUGAUACAGUCACAACAUCAACUAACCUAGAUAAACAUAUUACUGAUGAUCUAAUGAUGUAUGCUACUUCACCUGGAUUUAAACAGUACUAAAUCUAUUGAAAUGGAUUUAAAAGUACCUGUUCUGAAUUACACGACUUCAAAGGCUUUAUUUAAGCAAAUUGUAUCAAGACAGAUCAAAGUGUGUAUUUAUAUAAACAAUGCACCUACAAAAAUUUUUCUUCAUUACACAUUUAUUUUAACGAUUUGCAAUCACAUUUAUCCAAAUCGACCAAAGCGUGGCUAACAGCACUUUGGUACGAUUUGUUUGAGAUUCAAGGUGGCUGGCAACAUUGUCAACAAGUAAAAACAUUUCAAGAACUUGUUCUAAGAUUAUUGGAAAAUAUACUUUCCAGCGUUUGAAAUAUUUUAACAACAAAGACAUCUGAAGAAAAUUUUAUUCCAUUGGCAGAUUUAACUGUUCAAUAAUCAGUGUAUUUGGAUCAUUGAGAAUUCAACAUGCAAACCGGUUAUUUCGAUGGUCAUUUAUUUGAAGGGGAUUUAAUAUGUACCACAUGCUAAUAAUCACCGUCAAAGCUUGUGAUACGAUUUGCUUCAAUAAAAACGCCUCAAGUGAAAUGUAAAAAUGUCUUUUUCGGAUUCAAAAAAUUAUAUUAGAAAGAAUCAAUUGUUUAAUUUAACCCAUUUUUUGUUGGCAUUUUUUUAUUUAGUACAUUUGUGGUUAUUGUAAUGGACAAAAAUAAAUUAUUGUGGAUCAUUU